AGUACAGGGACUGUCCAUACAUUUUUCACUUCUUCGUCUCGUAGAUCUCUUCACUCUCCCCCUAAAACCCUUCUUCCCCGAUCGAAAUCCUAGGGUUCUCGCCCCCACACAAAUGGAUCCCUAGAUACCCUAAUUCCCCAUUCCCCACAGAACCCUAGCCCUUCUUCUUCUUCUGCGAUCCCUCGAUCCCCCAUCGUCCCCAACACCGAUCUCGCCAUGGGAGCCAACUCCGCCUCCUCCUCCUCCUCCUCCUCCCCCCUCCCCAUCCCCUUCGUCCCCUCCCUCAAAACCCUAAGGCUGAAGACGAAGCAGCAGGAGCUCCUCAUCCGCCUCUCCGCCCUCGCACUCAUCUACGUCCUCGCCUUCGCCAUCCGCCUCUUCAGCGUCCUCCGCUACGAGUCCAUGAUCCACGAAUUCGACCCCUACUUCAACUACCGCACCACCCUCUUCCUCACCCGGAACGGCUUCUACGAGUUCUGGAACUGGUUCGACUCCGAGAGCUGGUACCCCCUCGGCCGCAUCAUCGGCGGCACCCUCUACCCCGGCCUCAUGGUCACCGCCGCGCUCAUCUACCGCGCCCUCCGCCUCCUCACCUUCGCCGUCCACAUCCGCGAGGUCUGCGUCCUCACCGCCCCCUUCUUCGCCGCCAACACCACCCUCGUCGCCUACUUCUUCGGCAAGGAGAUCUGGGACUCCGGCGCCGGCCUCGCCGCCGCCGCCCUCAUCGCGAUCUGCCCCGGCUACAUCUCCAGAUCCGUCGCGGGGUCGUACGACAACGAGGGCGUCGCCAUCUUCGCGCUUCUGCUCACCUUCUACCUCUUCGUCAAGGCCGUGAACACCGGAUCUCUCGCGUGGUCGCUUGCUUCGGCUUUCGGGUACUUCUACAUGGUGUCGGCGUGGGGAGGUUAUGUGUUCAUCAUCAACCUUGUGCCCUUGUAUGUUCUGGUGCUCCUGGUAACGGGGAGGUAUUCGAUGAGGUUGUAUGUUGCUUAUAACUGUAUGUACGUGCUGGGGAUGCUUCUCGCUAUGCAGAUCCGUUUCGUCGGGUUCCAGCACGUGCAGUCCGGGGAGCACAUGGCCGCCAUGGGGGUGUUCUUCUUGUUGCAGGUCUUUUACUUUCUAGACUGGGUGAAAUACAUUUUGAAUGAUGCUCGAUUGUUCCAAUCUUUUCUGAAAAUUACCCUGACGUGUGCUAUUAGUGUGGGUGCUCUGGCUCUUGGUAUCGGGACGGCCUCCGGUUAUAUCUCUCCCUGGACCGGCCGUUUUUACUCCUUGCUUGAUCCAACCUAUGCAAAGGACCACAUUCCCAUCAUUGCAUCUGUUUCUGAGCAUCAACCAACAGCGUGGUCAUCUUUCAUGUUCGACUUUCAUAUCCUUCUUUUCCUUUUCCCAGCUGGCUUGUACUUCUGCUUUAAGCGCCUGUCGGACGCCACAAUAUUUGUCGUCAUGUAUGGCUUGACAAGCAUGUAUUUUGCCGGUGUGAUGGUGCGGUUGAUUCUUGUGGCUGCACCAGCUAUGUGCCUUAUCAGUGCUGUUGCAGUAUCUGCUACAAUAAAAAACCUGACAACAUUGAUUAGGACAAAGAGUAAAAGUCCUCAGGCAACCUCCGGUAAAGGUUCAGCCAGUUCAAAAGCAUCAGCCAAGGCAUCAGUUGAUCAGUCUCUCCCUUUCCAAAGAAAUGCAGCUAUUGCUUUGCUCAUCGGUGCCUUUUAUCUGCUAAGUAGAUAUGCUAUACACUGCACGUGGGUCACAUCAGAAGCAUACUCUUCUCCCUCUAUUGUCUUGUCUGCAAGGCGUGAGGAUGGUAGCAGGGUUAUCUUUGAUGAUUACAGGGAGGCAUACUUUUGGCUUCGCCAAAAUACUCCUCCUGAUGCUAAAAUUAUGUCCUGGUGGGACUAUGGAUAUCAGAUCACCGCCAUGGGAAAUAGAACAGUAAUUGUUGAUAAUAAUACAUGGAAUAAUACGCAUAUCGCCACGGUUGGGCGUGCGAUGUCAUCGUAUGAGGAUGAAGCAUAUGAAAUAAUGCAGUCACUGGAUGUGGAUUAUGUCCUUGUCGUAUUUGGAGGGGUUACUGGAUAUUCUUCUGAUGAUAUUAACAAGUUUCUUUGGAUGGUGCGUAUUGGCGGUGGAGUCUUUCCUGUAAUAAAAGAACCUGAUUAUCUUGUGAAUGGCGAGUAUCGUGUUGACAAAGGAGCAGCACCAAAAAUGUUGAACUGUCUCAUGUACAAGCUUUCUUAUUACCGCUUUGGCGAGCUCAUUACAGAAAGGGAUAAACCCUCUGGAUACGAUCGAGCAAGAGGAGUGGAAAUCGGGAACAAAGACAUCACGCUCGAGUACCUGGAAGAGGCAUUCACUACGUCAAACUGGAUCGUGCGGAUAUACAAAGUGAAACCACCCAAAAAUAGGUGGUGAGGUCUUCUCCUGAUCACCGGUGAUUAUUCAAAGCACAAAAAAGGAUGAGAUAAGUGCUUGCCGGGUCUCAACAAUUGACGUGUAAGUUACAUGAGUUUUACAUCGGAUGGAAUUAUCAGCGAAGAGGUUGGCUUUAAGUUAGAGACAAUAGAGAAUACCGCAGUUAAUAACUUUAGUUUGAGCUUUAUUUACUUUUCCCCUCUUUACAACUUGAGCCAUUUUGAGUUAGAUGCAAGCUAGAUAACUAUUUAAGAUAAUCCUUUUUGAAAAUGAUUAUGCUGUGCUAAUGAUACUUUCCUUUGUGGCCAUUAAGACACUACAGUGUAUUGAGAAAGCUAUUUGGGUGCAACUAGUUCUUAGAGCAACAUUUAAAAUCAUUUCAUAUGUCUAAUAAUUGUUGGCCGUUUGAUUACUUUGGCAAGGAGGAGAACCAACAUUGGUCCUCGCCUUGUGGCUCGUAUCAGUUUUGUUGUAUGUUUACACUA